AUGGCCGCCCUACAAGAAGCCCUAGAGUCUCUAGGCCCAAUAUCAUGGGACGAAGUCCCCACAAACCCAAAUUCAUUACGCGACUACACCAACGACCUAUACACCAAGGCGCAACUAAUCGUCGACUCUGUUCCGGAACCUCCAUUCAACGAGACAGCCCAUCAUAUCCCCCAUGACUCGUCCUCUUCCUCCCCAUCCUCCCGAGUCAUUACCGCCUCAACCGCACGCAUCGGCACGCACGAUCCCACUCUACUAUCCCUCCAGCGAGAAUGGGGCAAACCCAUCAAAAACACCAAUCCGAAAGACAACCCGCACGAUAUCCUCGUGCACAAGCUCCCCGCGAAAGACGGCAACGGGGCAUGGUUUGCGCGCCGCAGCGUGCACGCGGGUCUGUCGUUCGAGAAAUGGCAGGAGAAAUUGUCCAGUGAGAUGGUGGAGACGUUGAAGGCGAAUCAGAAACGUGUUCAGAAGGGGAGGCCGCCGGAUCGGUCGAUUCGGGGAAUUGGGGCGGAGAGGUUAGUCGAGGAGUUGGUGGUCAGAGAUGAAAGGGAUAGACGCAUCGGUGGUGUCAAUGUAUUUCAUGUUUCGGCGCAGUUUCCGAAACCGACAACUCCGAGGGAUUUUGUUCCCUUGAUUCUUAAUUGGGAUAUGGGGAUGGGAAUGGGUGAGGGUGAAGGUGAGAGUAGGAGUCAGGGCAAGAAGACGACGCAAGGUGGUGGUGGUAGGUUUUGGAUGAUGGCUUCGAAACCGUGCACACAUCCUGACGUUCCUCCGUCUCAGGGACAUAUUCGCGGGCUGUAUGAGUCGGUUGAGUUUAUUAGGGAGAUUCCGAGGGAAGGAGCAGGCGAGGACGACGAAGAUGUCCAUGUCGUGGAAUGGGUGAUGGUCACUCGGAGUGAUCCCGGCGGAAACAUCCCCCGAUGGAUAGUGGAAAAGGGAACACCCAAGAGCAUCUGUUCGGAUGCAAGCAAGUUCCUGGACUGGGCGUGUCAAGAGACAGAUGCUUCUUCGUCCGAUGUAUCGACCAAGGAUGAGCCUGUGGACGCCGGGGCGACUCAGCGUCGACGAUCCUUGGAUAAACACGAUAAGAGUCUGUUCUCUGCCGAGAUUACAGAGGGACAUGAGAGCGAAUCCAACGAGUCCGAUCUCUCGAACGUCGAGGACGAACAUCAUGGUCUGAUCGCCAGUUUUGCGUAUUUGCUGAACGCCGGACUGGAACGAUAUGCGCCUCAGGCUGUGUUGGACUAUCUACCACUUCCGCAACACCGGCCGUCGCGCAGCACCACUGACAACAGUGGAUCAUCGCAGGGUAGAUCACCCAGGGCGAGCAGUGACCCUACCAGACCAGCGGAGGCGAACCACUGGGGUGAAGAAAAACACCACAGCGAUGCCCAAUCGCAGGCCUCGCAGGGCAAGGCAUCGGUGGCAGACUCGACAACUUCGGGACUUGCCAAGCCACUCGAACACGGCACUGCAGCCGGGGAGAUUAUGAAGACGGAGAAGAAAGAGAAGUUAUCAUCGCACGAGAAGCAGCUCGCGAAACUCUUUGAACGCAAACGCAAAGUCGAGGCUCAAUUGGACCAAGUCCGAUCCGACAUCCACUCUCUCCAUCUCCCUUCUGCGGACGAAAGCUCCAAGCGAGACAGGGCAUCAGCAGCAGCAUUGUCAACCGUAUCAAGAGACCCAAACAGCGACCAACUCAGCAGCAGCACUGCGAGCAGCAUCAAGAAGGGCUCUGAAGGCGGAGCAAAAUCCGUUCAACUGCAGAAAAACCCCUCCAUACAUGAUACUGCUCGGCUGCACAAGGUCGCCUCGGGGCUUUUCAGCGACGAAGCGAAACUUGUCAAGCAGCUGGGCAAGAUCGAAAAGGAUCAGCUCAAGGAGACGUCCAAGAUCGAAGCCCGACAGCGAAAACACGCCAGGCUCGAGGAAAAGUCCCGCUCACGCACCGAAACGGAGAGUCUACGUCAUGAGGUGGAGUAUCUGAAAAAAGAGAUCGAGAGACUUCGAGGCGAGCGUCGACAAUGGUUGGAUCUGGUCGGGACGUUGCAGGCAGAGAAUACAAGGCUGGCUGCUCAGCAUUCCUAG